GGUUACCCUGUCGUGCUGUGAUGUGCACAGGUAGUGGGAGCGCUAGCCAGGACUCGGGGAGACCCAGGAAACCUAGAAAUGGACUCCGUGGCCUUUGAGGAUGUGGCUGUGAAGUUCACUCUGGAGGAGUGGGCCUUACUGGAUCCUUCACAGAAGAAACUCUACAGAGAUGUGAUGAGGGAAACCUUCAGGAACCUGGACUCCAUAGGUAAAAGAUGGGAAGAACAUGACAUUGAAGAUCAGUACAAAAACCAGAGGAGAAAAUUAAGAAAUCCAAUGGUAGAGAAACUCUGUGAAAGUAAAGAGGUUAGUCAAUAUGGAGAAAACUUCAGCCUUAUUUCAAAUCUCUGUCUGAACAAAAAAACCACCAGAGUGAAACAACACGAAUGCAGAGUAUGUGGAAAGGUCUUUGUAUUUCAGUCAUUGCUUAGCAAGCACUACAGAUGUCACACUGGACAAAAAACAUAUGAAUUUCAGAAAGAUGCAAAGAAGCCAUAUAAAUGUAAAGAAUGUGAUAAAGCCUUUAGUUAUCUAAACUGGUUGGAAAAACAUGAAAGAACCCACCAUGGAGGAAAUCCUUAUGAAUGUAAAAUAUGUGGUAAAGUCUUCAGGUCUUCCAGAAAUGUUAAAGUACACAGAAGAACUCACACUGGAGAGAAACCCUACGAAUGUAAAAUAUGCAGUAUAGCAUUUAGUUAUCUCAGUAAUCUUCGAAGACAUGGAAGAGCUCACACUGGAGAGAAACCUUAUGAAUGUAAAAUAUGUGCUAAAGUCUACAGAGACCACUGGUCUUUUCAGAUACAUGAAAGAGUUCAUACUGGAGAGAAGCCCUAUGAAUGUAAGAAAUGUGGUAAAGCCUACAUAUCUUACAGGUCCUUAAAGAGACACAAAAAUUCUCACACUGCAGAGAAAUCACAUAAAUGUAAAAUUUGUAGCACAGCAUUUUGGUAUCCGAGUGAACUUCGAAGACAUGAGAGAAGUCACACUGGAGAGAAACCCUAUGAAUGUAAAAUAUGUAGCAUAGCAUUUAGGUAUCUCGGUGAUCUUCGAAUACAUGGAAGAACUCACACUGGAGAGAAACCCUAUAAAUGUAAAAUAUGUAGCAAAGCAUUCACUUAUUCCAGUUCACUUCCAAAACACAAAAAAGUACAUGCUGGAGAGAAACUCUAUGAAUGUAAAAAUGCAGUAAAGCCAACAAGCAUCACCGUUCCUUAAAAGCCCAGGAAAGUGCUCGCACUGGAGAGAAACCCUAUGAAUGUAAACAGUGUGGCAGUCUAUAGAUAGCACUGUUCCCAAAAAUCUCAUGGAAGCAUUCAACCACAGGGAAGCCCAUUAAUGUAAAAUACGUAGUGAAGCAUUGAGGUGUCUCGGUUAUAUCUGAAGACAGGAGACAACUCUCCCUGGAAAGAAAUGCUUUGAAUAUAAAGAGUGUGGCAUAGCCUACAGAUAUCAAAGUUUCUUAUCCAGACACAAAAGGACUCGUACUGGAGAGAAACCCUGUGAAUAUAUGCAAUGCGAUAAAGCCCACACAGAUCCCAGUUCCUUACGAAGACACCAAAGAGCUCGUACUGGGGAGAGACCCUGUGAAUGAAAACAGUGUGGAAAAGUCUAAAGAGAUCCCAGUUUGUUACGAAGACCUGAAAGAGCUCAUACUAGAGAGAAACCCUGUGAAUAUAAGAAAGGUAGAAAGCCUUUAUUGAGAUCACACAACCUUUUGAGGACACAUGACAGUGCACACUGAAGAAAAAUUAUAGAAAUGUGCAGAAUUUGGGAAACGCUUCAGUUAUAAUAGAUUCUAUCAAAAGCAUGAUAGGACUCACUAGAUUAAUAUUCUUGAAUGUAUACAGUAUGGGAAAGACUUGAAUUUGUCCACAUUCUUACAUGUGAAAACUCCCACACAAAAAUAAACAUGCUAACAUGAGAAAGCUUGAUACAAAUUAAUCCUAUAUAAUAAAGAGCUAAUAUGGAAAUGGUCGUCACGCCAUCAUGCUGGGGGAAUCUGAGGCUGCGCCCCCUGCCCGGUGGGGCUUGACGGGGGACCUGAGGCUGUGCCCCCCAGCCCAGUGCCAGGCCAGAGGACCUGAGGCUGCGACCCCCGCCUGGCUGGGCUUGAUGGGGGUGGGGCCAUCCAGGUUUGGGUCUCGCGCAAUUUCAGGGCAUGUGCGGGUGGGCAGGGACUUGACUCUGGGUCCUGCGGUGCGCUCCAGACUCUGACAGGAGGGAGAUUUUCAUAUACAUUUUACUAAUUUUCUUUCAUCUCUGACACUUGUAUUAUAGAGAAAGGGCAAAUAGCAAUAUUAAAAUAUUUCCUCUAAUUAAUUCCCCUUUAAUGUGCAUGGAUUUUGUGCACUGGGCCACUAGUUUAUGUGUAAUGUGCCAGAAAACUUUCAACAUAAGUUAUAAAUAAUGAUGCAAAUAUAUUAUGUUUAUUGAACCUCUUUUUAUAGUGUGUCGUUAGACUGGAUUUCUACUAAUUACUUUCAGAAAUGUAUCACAUGAGAUAAUGAGUUUUUUUAAAAACAAUAAUACAUAAGAUUGAAUGAUAUAAUGUUUUUAAAAAAUAUCUUAAUUUAAACUUUUAAAUAAAAAAUAUUUUGUAGGAGUGGUAAGCACACAAUUCAAUAUGUAGAUAAUAUAUGUAGAAUAGUGUACCUGAAACCUAUAUAAUUUUGUUAACCACUCUCAUCCCAAUAAAUUCAAUUUUAAAAAAGCUGUGGUACAUUUAUACAAUGGAAUAUUACUCAGCCAUAAAAAAGAAGGCAAUCUUAUUCUUUGUGACAGCAUGGAUGGACCUUGAGAGUAUUAUAAGUGAAAUAAGCCAGUCAGAGAAAGACAAAUAUCAUAUGAUUUCACUUAUAUGUGGAAUCUAAUGAACAAUAUAAACUAACAAAGUGGAUGGAGACAGACUCAUGGGUAUAGAGAGCACAGUGAUGGGUGUUGGAGACGAAGUUGUUGAGGGCAGGGUGAGAAGGGUGAAGGGAGUAAGCAAAGAAAAAAAAGACUCAUGAACACAGAAAACAGUGUGGUGAUUGCCAGAAGGAAGGGGGAUGACAGAGGUAGAAGAGGGUAAAUGAGGGAUAAGUGGUGAUAGGAGACUUGACUUGCAGUGGUAAACACAAAAUACAAUAUACAGAUGAUAUAUUGUAGAAAUGUGUAUUUCAAAGCUGUAUAAUUUUAUUAAUGCCCCCAAUAAAUUUGAUAAUUCUUUUUUUAGAGCAUUGGCUAUUUAUUUAUUGCAAUCCACAUCUGAGAAUGUUUUUAUUGAUUUUUAGAGACAGAAAGGGAGAUAGAAACAUCAAUGUGAGAAACACCAAUUGGUUGCCUCCCAUAUGCAACCUGAUAGGGGAUCAAACCCACAACCUAGGUAUGUGCCCUGACCAGGAAUGAAACCUGCAUCCUUUUGGUGUACAGUACAAUGCUCCAGCCAACCUAGCCACCGGCCAAGGCUAAAUAAAUAUAUUUUAAAAAUAUUUUCUCUUGAUUUUGAAGUCUGUUAGAUCCAUGGGUGAAUUGAAGUGUAUUUUUUUAGAUAUAGUUAGGUUAAAUUUAUUUAAAAUGUUUUAUUCUAUGUUGAGGGCCCAUUGAAAAGGACAGUUUGGUAUUUGGAUUUUCCUAGUGGCCAGUGGGAUGAGAUAAAAAGAUGCAUAUUUCUUUUACAUAGGUGGGUAUAGGAUAGUAAACAGUUAAUUAACAUGAUAAUAACAGUGAGAGGAUUUGUGGUCUCUGGUCUGGUUCAGCUGUUGUGCUUUGAGGGGUUCAGAAAAAAAGAAAAUGACUUUGAUUCCAAAAGUACUGUUAUCAGGUCUGAUAGAUGCAAAAAGACAAUGACAGUUCCAGUUAAGAUAAAGAUUGGCCUUUGUUAGGAAAAAACACUGGCCUAGAACAUGACUACCUACCAUGUACUUACUGCUUUAAGUUAGAAAGGUUUUUUGUUUGUUUAUUUUUAAAUAUGUUUUUGUUGAUUUCAGAGAGGUAGGGAGAGGGCAAGAGGGAUAGAAACAUCAAUGAUGAAAGAGAAUCAUUGAUUGGCUGCUUCCUGCACAUCCCCCACUGGGGAUUGGGCCUGCAACCCAGGCAUGUGCCCUGAUCGGAAAAUAAACUGUGACCUCCUGGUUCAUAGGUCACCGCUCAACCACUGAGCCAUGCUGGUCGGGCAAAUUAGAAAGUUUUAAUUUCAGACCAUCCUAUGUGGUUACUUUCAGUUUCUGAGUUUGUAAGGCCAUCAUGCAGGCUUCCCCUAAGCCUUUCAGGUUUAAUAUGUGGCCCCUUUUUGUCCACAUAUUGUGUCUUUUUCUCUGACAAAGUUCUUUUUUAGAGGUGAUGAGAAUCGGAGCCUUCCCCCCCUAUUUUUCAUAUUAAUAAAUAGUUGUAAUAAAUUUGAUAUAUGUCAAUUUUAGGUUAGAGUAUAGUCAUGUGAUUUGAUAAAAUUGAUUUCACAGAGAGGAACGGAGAGGGAGAGAUAGAAACACCAAUGCUAGAGAAACAUCAAUUGGCUACCUCCUGCAUGCCCCCCUCUGGGGAUUGAGCCCAUUACUUGGGCAUGUGCCUUGACCGGGAAUCGAAUUUGUAAUCUCCCUGCCUCCCCAAAUCAUUCAAUAGGCCUUGACAAGUGAAAUUAGUAUCUUGAUGAGAUAUCUGCACAUCCGUGUUUAUUGCAGCAUUAUUCACAAUAACUAGGAAACAACCUAGAUGGCCUGUGGGUGAAUGAAUGAAGAAAAUGUGGUAUAUUUGUGUAUAUGUGUAUAUUAGAAUAUUAGCCAUAAAAUGAAGAAAAUCCUGCCAUUUAUGAUAACAUGAAUGAAUCUAGAGAGCAUUAUGCUAAGUGAAAUGAGCCAGACAGAGGACAAAUAUUGUAUGGUAUCACUUACAUGUGGAAUCUUAAGGGGAAACAAAAGCUGAUUUUAUAGAAAUAAAGAAUAGAAUGGUGGUUGCUCCGAUGGGAGAAAUGGGGUAAUGUAGGUCAAAGGGUACAAAUUUUUAGUUGAAGAAAAAAGUUCUGAGGCUCUCAUAUACAGCAUGGUGACUGUAGUUAAUAAUGUUAUUGUAUACUUGAAAUUUGCUGACAGUAGAUCUUAGGCAUUCUCACUACAAAAAAAAAAAAGAAUUAACUAUGUGAAAUAAUAGAUGUGUUAAUUACCUUGAUUCACAUGUAGAUGUAUAUCAAAUUGUCACAUUAUAUAAUUUUAAUAUAUAUAAUUAUGUUCGUCAAU